GGGGCCAGCAUGCUUUGAGGAAAGGUGAAAGCGAAAGGGGAAGCAUCAGACAUAGAGCCCAGAGGACAAGGCUGCCGCCUUCCCGGCUCGGUGCUGAUUCCACUCGUCUGACCAUCGACCCCCAACCCCUUGGACUGCCCUGCCCACCUGGAGAUGCAGAAGAAGGCGCUAGAGCCCCGAGGGGGCUUCUCCUUCGGUAACUGCCAGAGAAACGCAUCCUUGGAACGCGCCCUCCCGGGGCUCCGGGUCCCUCAUGCACGCAAGACCGGGACCACCAUCGCAGGCCUUGUGUUCCAAGACGGGGUCAUACUGGGCGCGGAUACGCGGGCCACUGACGAUUCAGUCGUGGCGGACAAGAGCUGCGAAAAGAUCCACUUCAUCGCCCCCAAAAUCUACUGCUGUGGGGCUGGAGUAGCCGCGGACGCCGAGAUGACCACGCGGAUGGCGGCGUCCAACAUAGAGUUACACACGCUGUCCACGGGCAGGGAGCCCCGAGUGGCCACGGUCACGCGCAUCCUGCGCCAGACGCUCUUCCGGUACCGUGGCUACGUCGGGGCUUCGCUGAUCGUGGGUGGCGUAGACUUCACAGGGCCGCAGCUCUACAGCGUGCACCCCCAUGGCUCUUACAGCCGUCUGCCCUUCACGGCCCUGGGCUCCGGCCAAGACGCAGCCCUGGCAGUGCUGGAGGACCGGUUCCAGCCGAACAUGACGCUGGAGGCAGCACAGGGGCUGCUAGUGGAAGCCAUCACUGCAGGGAUCCUGGGUGACCUGGGCUCUGGGGGCAGUGUGGAUGCAUGUGUGAUCACGGGGACUGGUGCCAAGCUGCUGAGAACACUGAGCUCUCCCACAAAGCCCAUAGAAAGGUCCAGCCAGUACCGCUUUGUCCCUGGGACCACAGCCGUCCUGUCCGAAACAGUGAUGCCACUGACCCUGGAGCUCUUGGAGGAAACGGUGCAGGCCAUGGAUGUGGAGUGAUGCUGGCAGAGGCUUAGAGCUUGGAACAAGGAAGAAUAAACCCAAAGAACACAAACACCUAAA